AUGCCAGGUGAAGAAGAGAAAAAAGCCUCUGUAGUGAUCGACAAUGGCUCAGGUCUGCUCAAAGGUGGCGUUGCUGGGGCCAAGGAACCAGAGUUCAUCUUCACCAACUUGAUAGGUCGACCCAAGGCCAAGUCUGUGAUUCUAGGUGCUGGCCAGAAGGACUUCUACAUUGGACUCGAGGCACAAGCCAACCGAGGGAUCCUCUCCCUCAGAUACCCAGUAGAACACGGAAUUGUUACUUCCUGGCCAGAUAUGGAGAAAAUAUGGAGGCAUACUUAUUAUAAUGAAUUAAUGUUGAAACCAAGCACUAGACCAGCACUGAUGACUGAGGCACCACUCAAUCCACUGGCCAAUCGUGAACAAAUGACAAAAUUGCUCUUUGAAGAAUUUGAGGUACCAGCCUUCUAUGUGGCCAUCCAAGCUGUGUUAGCACUCUACGCUGCAGGCCUCACCACUGGCUGUGUGAUGGAUUGUGGAGAUGGCGUCACCCAUACAGUCCCAAUCUAUGAGGGCUACUGUUUGCCUCAUGCUGUUCUCCGGCUUGACCUGGCAGGCCGGGAUCUCACAGAAUACCUCAUGAGGAUCCUGAGGGAAAGUGGAAUAGCCUUAGUGAGCACAGCUGAGAGGGAAAUUGUGCGAAUCAUUAAGGCAGGCUUAUGUUAUGUAGCGUUGAACCCUGAGGAAGAGAUGGCUAAAAAACCCAGUGAGAUUGAAAGAACUUGGAAAUUGCCUGAUGGACAGAUCAUUAAAGUCCACAACCAAAUGUUCCGCUGCCCUGAGGCCCUCUUUCGUCCAGCAGAUGUCGGUAUGGAGGCCCCUGGAAUUGAUAAACUCCUAUUCAACACCAUCAUGAAAUGUGACAUAGACUUGAGGACAACCUUGUAUGCCAAUGUACUCCUUUCUGGUGGCUCCACUCUCUUCCCUGGCAUUGCUGAGCGCUUGACAAAGGAAUUGAUUCACAUGGCUCCAAAGGGCACUGAGGUGAUCGUCAAUGCACCUCCUGACAGGAGGAUCUCUGUUUGGACAGGAGGAUCUGUUCUUGCUUCUCUCGCUUCCUUCCAGGACAUGUGGAUUUCCAAGGAAGAAUAUGCUGAAGUUGGGCCUAAUAUAGUACACAGGAAGUGUUUCUAG